UAACACCGAGAUUACCUUUAAUCCACUGUGUGAUUCAGAACAUUCGCAUUAUACGUGAGCGUGAAGGUGUCGCGAAGGGCGUGAAUGAACGGUAGCGGGUAAAAAGGCUCUGAAACGGUCUCUCUCGAGUCGUUUCGGUGCAGGCUAACCCUAACCCCUCCUGCAGCCACCUAGACAUACCAGCCUGGCAAGUCACCUCAAUGAAAAACGUCAAGGGCAGGAGAUGGAGCCCUCAAAUUAUGCCAGUCAACUGCUGCUGCAGCUCAACCAGCAACGCUCCAAGGGCUUCCUCUGUGACGUCGUCAUUAUGGUGGAGAACACACUCUUUCGGGCGCAUAAGAGCGUCCUUGCCGCCACGAGCAGCUAUUUCAAGUCCCUGGUCCUUCAUGACAACCUCAUCCACCUUGACUCUGAGCUGGUGGAUCCAGACGUGUUCCAAACGAUUCUGGACUUCAUUUAUACUGGCAGGUUGUCUGAUGAGAGUCAGGGAACUGAGCGUGUACAGAAUUUGAGCGCCCUUCUUACUGUAGCUAACUACCUGCAGCUCCAUGACCUCGCCAGUCUGUGUUCCAGCAAGCUUGACCCCGGUGGGUCGGCCACUGGCAAGAGCUCCUUACGUACGCAUCAGCCUUUUUCACCCACCUCAAAAACCUUGCCCAAACGGGAGGCUGAAGACGCUUCAUCUGACGUUGAAGCGUAUGCGAGCAUGGUCCCUCCGAAGAAGAGGAACAAUGGUGAGAGUAAGUGUAUCUCCAGUAACAAGAAGAGCUUUGGACUGGAUUUGACCAAGAAGAGUUCUCCAUUCUGUUCUGUGGUUUCUCUAAGCAACGAGGUCAGCAAAGGAUACUCUCAGUCCUCUGUUUCCAGGGCAACUGCCAACAGCCUCCCAUCAGGUGUAGAGGGAAAGAGGUCUCCAGAGAACGCCAGUGGCCUGGUUUCUUUCGAUGGAGCUCAGGAAUGGAGAAGAACCCCUCCCAGGGAGCGCUCCAGGAGGAAAGGCAACGUCAAUGGUUAUUUCCCUGUUAUCAAGAGCGGGAGUCACAUAAGCCAAAACCUCGUCUUCAAAUCAGAAUCACCUGAUGAUAAAGAGAGCCACUGUGAAGAGAAUGGCCAAAACCAGCCAGAGAAUGGAGGAUCUAGUGAUACCAGCCCUAACUUUGUCUAUCGGCAGGGGUCCUACCUCAAACAACCUCGGGGGGACAACCCUUAUGUCUGUAUUCCUUGUGGAAAGGGAUUCCCAUCCUCAGAAAGCCUCAACUCCCAUGUGGAAUCCCACAUAGAUGUAGACAUGGAUGGCACCAAGGAAGCAGAAGAAGGCGAUGAAGAUCCUGCUGCCACAGUGCUGCAAGAAGCCCCAGGCGCCACCGAAAAAAGCCCUCUGAAGUCCCACAAAGAGCUGGACGCCUUGCGGCCAUUCCCUUGCAACAUCUGUGGUAAAAUGUUCACCCAGCGCGGCACCAUGACGCGCCACAUGCGCAGCCACCUGGGCCUGAAGCCUUUUGCCUGCGAGGAGUGUGGCAUGCGCUUCACGCGCCAGUACCGCCUCACCGAGCACAUGCGAGUCCAUUCAGGAGAGAAGCCCUACGAGUGUCAAAUCUGUGGGGGCAAGUUUACACAACAGAGAAACCUCAUUAGCCACAUGCGAAUGCAUACCUCGCCAACUUAGGCCAGGCUUGAGAGGAUACACUUAGGUUAUAAUUCAAAUAGCUCAAGCCUCUCAAAUAAGCAUAUUGGUCUAAUUAAUAAAACGACAUUACCUCAUGUAGUUACAGUACGUUUUGUUUAGAUAUAAACUACAGAAUGUUCCUUGUGGUACCAGUUACUUUGAAAGAGUGAAUGUUAUUGCUGAGUCUUUUAUGGUUAAAAUGCAGAACUUUGCGCUUUAUCUGGAGAAAGCAAAAACUCUUGUUUACUUGAAUACGCUUGCAAACGUUGCUACCUCAGUUCUGACCACCCAAACCCAUAAAUGCUAGCCCUUUGAGAUUAUGUUCACCUACAACUAUUCUUCUAUAAGAAACAUGAUUAUCCUUAUAUUAAUUGCUCCUAUACCUAAGCAAAGCCUAGCAUCUGAUAGAAAUCCAAAACAAAUUAUAGUGAUUGACUCAAUAAAUGAAAAUACACUGCCUACAUCACAUUGAGAGGAAUAGAGUGAAAAACAAUGUAAGGUUUGUAAUGAACAAGGAUUGUUACCUGUUAAGAAUUAGUGGAACAAGCGUUAUUACCUGAUGAGUUUCAAAGAGCAUUUAGGCAUGUCUGAUGUACAGUUCCAAAGAAUUAAUGAAUGUUGAAAGAUAAUGAAAUACUGUAUUACUAUAACCAAAUCUAUAUUCUUACAAUAUACGUAUUUAAGUGUAAGUCUAAUUUAUGUGUUUCUUCACAGUUGUACGUCUUUGUUAGCCCCCGUUCCUUUUGCCUUUCCCCUCACCCCCACUCUUGGCUUAAUUCAGUGUAAGACGUUGUCAUUUUUCAGGUUUUCCCUCUGCAUAAAAGAUAUUACAUUUAUACAGCUAUUGUUGAUAUGAGACCAAAAGGACUGUUGGUGAAUUAUUGUAAAUAUUUUUUUGAGUAUCUUGCUUGGUUGCUCACUGAUUCCAGGGUUUUGGUGGUUAUUGCAUGAACUGUUUAGUUCAUAAUCCUUGGUUGCUCCUGUCGACUGGUCAGUGAGAACACUGUGGUUUUUGUUGAGUGUAAAAUGAUUUGGGAUGAUGCUGAUACCUUCAUGUUUUUGGAUGUUUAAAUAUGAAUCUUAUUUUACUUUCUUGUUCCAUUCCAACAAGCUGUGCUUAGCUGUUACUUUUCAGCUACCUCAUGUUUUUCAGGGUAUUUACCCACUGUUUAAGCAAGGUAACCACCUGAACUCUGCACCAGGCCAAUAGAAAUGCUGUUGUAAUGCAGUUUCAGCAGAGCUUGUCCUGAAAAUCCCACUGCAGACAACAAACAGCUUAAAUUGCCUUGCUGUUGCAUUAAGUUUCUUUUUUUCUUUGUUUUUCUUUUUUUUUCCUCCCAGCCCAAAAUGAGUUUACACACAAGUUGUUAUCUGUGACACUGUCUGUACCACAAUGGAAUGUUGAAAUAUGCAGGAACUUUACAAUUUAUGAUGGACUUGAAACCGAUCUGCAAAACUGUGACAACACUUGGACUUUUUCCUCUGGAAACCUCAGGGAUUGUUUUUUUUUGUUUUUUGGGGAGGGGAGGGGGCGUUUCUGCCCUUUUAUACCACAAAGCGCCAAUUGCCGAUAUUUUUGCAGCUGUAUUUGUCACUAUUUGAGCACUACUUUCACACUUAAAUACUCUGAAGCAUUCUGUAUAACCAAACCCAUUAAGCCUUCAUAAGGCACGGCAGCUCGAUUCUAUAGUCUACUUUCCACUUGCAAUAUAUUUUAGUAAACGAUCGUGUUAAUUAACAUGAAUUUCAUAUGCAUUUGGAAAGAAUAUCAAAUUCCGUUGUUCAAAGAGUAUGAAUUGUGAUCUGUUGAAUACCAAAGCACAUUUUCUCAGAAAUGGAUGGAUACAUAUGAAUGACUAUGUACUUGACAUGAUACUUACAAUUAAAUGCUGAUAAAAAAACA